UUUACCCGCUUUGUCAGGCCAACAAUGUGCACUUUUUGUGCGUUUGCAACAAUGCCUGUCCUUUGAGUUCACACACAAAGACGAGCAAAACAAAAGCCAAAACAAACAUUGGUUUUUUGUCAAGUCGGAAUUACCAUUCAAAUUCGAUUGCGCGAUGUGUUUCUAUCGAUAACAUUUGGCCGUUACAGCCCUGCUUGUGGCCCAAGUUUUUCAACACUGGCAAUCUCAUAAGUUUACAAAUUCGUUUAUAAAAUGUUUAAAUAUUAAUUAACAUGUAGAAUCCAAGGACAUGACACCACAGCUUUCAAAUGGUCAGCACUAUGUGGAAAGUGCACGGGUGUAUAUAAAAAAGGACUCAUCCAUUCGUAUUAAAUGCUGUCUCUGCAAUGCGGACACUUUUGGCGGUGGCGAGUGGGAGGAUUUCUUGAGACACUUGGUUCAAACGCAUGGCGGAGCCCAUCAGGUAACUGGAGAUGUGGAUGAGAUCCAUGACGAGAUCCAGAUGGAGCUGGCCAACCUCUCAGAGGCGGGCAUUGCCCAGGAACUCGAAAUGGCAGAAGCCCAGGAGCAGGAAAUGUUCACAAAUGUAGAGUUCCUGGAGGAUGAGCAAGAUAACGAAGAACUAAGCUGCCCAUCGGAAGAAGACAAGAAUCAUGAUGAGCCUAAAAAGAUUAGUAACCAUGAAUACAUCUUCAACAAACCCAACAAGCCCUUCUACAGCCUCCAGCGGACUAGUGCUGAGAUUAUUCAGUAUUUUAUUGAACUUAUGCGCCGGCACAAGUUUCUCUGGAACAGUCACCGUGGGAUUAACCGAGAGAAUCGCCUGGAGAGUUCUCAAAAGGUGACAGAGGCACUAUUCCAGCGGUUUGGCUUCCAGUUGCAGACCCAGGUGAUCAGUGCAAGUGCCCGUUUUCUGCAAGUCUGGUUCGAACGGCAGUAUGUGAUGCAGUUGAGCAACUCCGACUUUCGUUGCCGCUAUCCGAAAUACUACCGCAGUUUGCUGAGAUUCAUGCCCACGAACCACAUCUCGGUGACUAUUUGCGAGGAGUGCGACCGGCGUUUCCUCAACGAGCUUCAGCUGCGCCUACAUAAGUUCCGUGUGCAUGGCGGACCCAAUCCGAAUGUGUGUCAGGUGUGCCACCAGGGCUUCCCCCUCGCUUCCAAGCUGCAGCAGCACCAAGCGCGCUACCACUUCAAGCCGGUGGAGUGGCAGUGCAGCCAGUGCGACUACAACGCCCCAUCCAAGUGGGACUUCCAUCAGCACCAGGCCAUGCAUGCAGGCGAAAGGAACUACACCUGCGAGGUGUGCGGGCAGAGCUGCAAGACCAGCUCCGCCUUGGCCGUUCACCGGCGCACCCACGAUCAGCCGAGAUUAUCCUGUCCCCAAUGCAGCCGGCAAUUUCGAGAGAACUACACCUUGAAGUGCCACAUCCGAAAAUUCCACGAGGGCGACAGUGCUCGCAGGUUCUCCUGCAGCGUCUGCUGGCGCAGAUUCCAGACGGUGGAGGUACUGGAGCUGCACAAGUUGGUCCACUCACAGAGUGGAGAAAAGGAAUCAGAGGAGGAGGCAGAUCCGACGACCCUAAUUUAAGUUGUGCGUAACAAACAAACAGUGAUAAUUAUAAUUCCCCUUUACAAAGCGAAUCCCUUCAAGGCAUUAACACAAAAGAAUCUUAUUUGGUUAUAAUACAAAUUAUACAACUAA